AAAGAUAUUGAUAGUGGGGAGUAUGCCCACAAAGCCAUAAGUGAAAAAAAAAAAGAAAAAAGAGAAAAAAUAAUGGAAACUCACAAUAAUUCCUUCUUCUUCCCCCCUGUGAUGAAGCUAAUUACUUUGCUACUGUUUUAUUAUUGUUUUUUAUUUGAAGGCACAAAAGCUAAUACACAAUUCCAUACUCUUCAAAUCAGCUCUCUUCAACCAGCAUCACUCUGCACUCCAUCCACUGCUUCAGGUUCAAGCAAGAAGCAAUCAACAUUAGAGGUCAUACACAAGCAUGGUCCAUGCUCUAUUCUAACUCAAGACAAGUCCUCCACCACCACCACCGCCGCGGCAUCGCCGCCACUAAGCGAGAUCCUAACCCACGACCAAUCGAGGGUUGAAUCAAUCCAAUCUAAACUCAAGCCCAACUCGAAAAAACCCAACAAACUCAACGAAAAGAAAACCAACAUCCCCGCCCAAUCGGGCAAGUCCCUCGGCUCGGGAAAUUACUUAAUCGCCAUUGGCCUCGGCACCCCCAAGAAAACCCUAAACCUAAUCUUCGACACGGGGAGCGACCUCAUGUGGACACAGUGCCAACCGUGCGCCCGUUCAUGCUACACACAAAAGGACCCGAUAUUCAACCCUUCUCUCUCCGGUUCCUACUCCAACAUUUCGUGCAGUUCGGCUCAGUGCUCUCUGCUCACCUCCGCCACCGGAAACAACCCCGGCUGCACCGCUGCCUCCACCUGCGUCUACGGCAUUCAGUACGGCGACAAGUCAUUCUCCGUCGGAUUCUUCGCCAAAGACACACUCACAAUCACGCCAAACGACGUUUUCCCGAAUUUUUUAUUCGGAUGCGGCCAAAACAACCAAGGGCUUUUUGGGAACACCGCCGGAUUAUUAGGGCUCGGCCGAGACUCCUUAUCUCUCGUUUCUCAAACUUCGCAGAAAUACGGGAAGUACUUCUCGUACUGCCUACCGUCAACAUCGAGCUCAACGGGUCACUUAACACUCGGCAAAAAUAACGGAGGAGCUGCUUUGACUUCUUCGACGGUCAAAUUCACCCCUUUCGCCACCUCGCAGGGGAGUUCGUUCUACUUCAUAGAUAUCGUAUCUAUAAGCGUGGGUGGGGCCCAGCUGCCGAUCGGCCAAUCAGUUUUCAAGGCUGCCGGAGCGAUCAUCGACUCCGGCACGGUGAUCAGCCGCCUACCGCCAGCGGCGUACAGUGCCAUGAGCUCGGCUUUCCGGCAACAGAUGAAGCAGUACACGAGUGCCCCCGCGUACUCGAUACUGGACACUUGCUUCGACUUUGGUAAUCUUACGAGUGUAUCUAUUCCGACGAUAUCGUUUGUAUUCUCCGGCAAUCUGAGGGUGGACUUGCAUCCCUCCGGGAUACUUGUGGCGGUUAGCUCGACUCAGGCUUGCCUGGCGUUCGCCGGAAAUGGAGAUGCCGGCGAUGUGGGUAUUUUCGGGAAUACGCAGCAGAAGACUUUGGAAGUGGUGUAUGAUGUGGCUGGAGGGAAGCUGGGAUUUGGGAGUGGUGGAUGCAAUUAAGGACUUUUAAUAUAUAUUAAUUAUACUUAAUUAUCUUUAAAUUAAGGGGUAAACAAUGUAUAGUGAUCAUAGGCUGUGGUGGUAACAAUGCAUAAAGUUGUGGUUGCUGGAUUAUUGAGGAAAAAUAAAAAAAUAAAAUUAUUAUUUUCUUCUAAAUA